AUGCCGCCAAGGAGGCGCCCACCUCGUCCCGGGGCGCUGACAGAGCUUCCACCACUGAAAAUUGUCAGGAAGAUUCUCCUACUCCAGGCUCUUUACUAUGUCUGCAUAACUGCUCUUAUUCUUUUCACCACACUGGUGGCGGGUACUGUCUUCUCACUCGAUCUUAUAUUUGGCUGGGAUAGCUUGCGAGGAGAUACCACAGUAGGAUGGAUGUUGAGUUUGGUGUGGAUAUUGAAUAGUUUUCUUUGUGUUAUAUUUCUACUCAUCUUCGUUUCGCGCUCCAAACUCAUCCCCGACUUCGCGCUCACGAUACAUUUCAUCCACUUGCUCGUCGUCUUCUUUUACACCCAUUCCGUGCCGAGCAAUCUACUUUGGUGGUCCCUUCAGCUCGCAAGCGCUAGUCUCAUGACAUUCGUCGGAAUCUGGGCCUGUCAAAGACGGGAACUGGCACCUAUCACCUUUGGCCUUGGCCUUGGACUGGGCGGCCCUAGUGAAAGCGCCUCAGGUGGCGAUGGCGCCGCUCAGGCUGCAGAACUCGAGGAGUCUCAACAGCCAGAUUCUCUAGGCGAUGAUUUAGAAAACGGGAUGCCAGGCUUCUCUCGCGGACGAAGAGGUCGUCGAGAGGAAUAUGAGAUGGUGCCUAUGAAGGAAGCCGAAGGACACACUGCAUAA